AUGGACCAGAGGGAGAUUCUGCUGCUAAACCUGGAAAGGGCCCAAGGCAAGAAGCUCAACCGAGAGCAGUUUGUAGAAGAGUUUUUGAAGCUGAAAAGGCAGUCAACAAAGUACAGAUCGGAUAAAAUCUACCCUACAGCAGCGUCUGAGCAACCAGAGAACGUCAAGAAGAACAGAUACAAGGACAUCUUACCCUUUGACCACACCAGAGUGGAGCUCUCCCUGAUCACGUCAGACACAGACUCGCAUUACAUCAACGCCAACUUCAUCAAGGGCGUCUAUGGGCCAAGAGCAUACAUUGCAACCCAGGGUCCUCUCCCCACUACUGUCAUUGACUUUUGGAGGAUGAUUUGGGAGUAUAAAGUCCUGAUUGUGGUCAUGGCUUGUAUGGAGUUUGAAGCGGGAAAGAAGAAAUGCGAGCGGUACUGGGCAGAGGCGGCCGGCCCUCCCCUGCAGUGUGGCCCUUUCGGCGUCGCCUGUGAAGCUGAAGAGAAGAAAAAUGAGUAUGUAAUUAGGACUUUACAGGUGACCCUGAAUGAGGAAACCCGCACCGUCCACCAGUUCCACUACAGAAACUGGCCGGACCACGACGUCCCCUCGUCCAUCGACCCCAUCCUGGAGCUCAUCGGCGAGAUCCGCUGCUACCAGCCGGACGACAGCAUCCCCAUCUGCAUCCACUGCAGUGCCGGCUGCGGGAGGACGGGCGUCAUCUGCGCCAUCGACUACACCCAGAAGCUGCUGAGGGACGGGAUUGUUCCAGUGAACUUCAGUAUUUUCAGUCUGAUCCAGGACAUGCGCACGCAGAGGCCUUCCAUAGUGCAGACCAAGGAGCAGUACGAGCUGGUUUAUGAUGCAGUGAUCGAGCUCUUCAAAAGGCAGAUUAAAGCCCUGGAUGCUCCAGAAGAUUCUGCUGCUUCACAGGUACAAACAAAGCGUCCUGUAGCCGAGCCACUUCUGACUUCAGUGGAAGAUAUUUAUUCUCUGAGAUUGCUAACCUGCUCAGAGCAAGAACGGGACGUGCAUCGAUGUCUUCCCCCAGUGGCACGAGGCAAGGCGCCGCCGCCCUCGCUGUCUGCCGCGGGAGGCCCGGCCAUCAGACAGGCCAUCUCCUUCGGCACGCUGAGCUUCAUCAGCUGCAGAAAGGCGGCGGCGGAGGAGUGGGGUGCUGGGGACGCUCUCCAGAAGCACCGCAGUUUGGAGUUCAGCAGCAUCUCCCCUGAGCAGCUGCUGCGGCCCCCGGAACCGAAGGGAGGCGGCAGGAGGGGGCUGCGCGGCAGAGCCCCUCUGACCCGGGCUGCAUCCACCCCCUUCGUGCUGGCUCAGCGAGGAGAAGGCCGGGAGUGGGAUGGCGGGGAGGCAAACCCUGGUUUGAGUUCACAGUUGCCCAGUGCCUGUUGCUCGAGCUUUCAGGUGAAGACGCAGGACGGAGUUUCCCCUGUUGAGCUGAACCGCUCCAGGCGCGAGGCUGACAGCCCCCCCGGCCGCAGGAGCCGCGGGCAGUGUCCUUACCCUUACGUCUGCUCCGCAGAGGACCCCUACUUCUCGUCGCUCUCUCCAGAUGAGCCCAUGUCCCUGGUGUUUGCCGAGGACCUCGCGGAGGGGCAGGCUGUUCUCCUCCCUUGCGCCGCGGGCGCUCCCCUGCAGCCCGCCCUGGCCAGCUCUCCGCCAGCCCGGCCCGUGUCCCACCGCGCACCCCGGCUGCAGGCCCAGGGUUCCUCCUCCCCGACCGCCCUGCCACAGCCAGAUGAUGAUGAUGAUGAUGAUCCUCCACCCCUGCCCGAGCGAACCCCCGAGUCCUUUAUUGUGGCCAGUGAAUCUGGACAAUUUCCUCUGGCCACUUCUGAUUUUCAGCUUCCAGCCAGAAACACAAAUUCCGGAAUCUGUUUGGAGUGGAGUGGUGAGUCCCACUCCGAGGUGUUCAAUGACUCAGUGAGACUGAGACCGUGUAAGAGUGUGAAGCUUCGGAGCCCACAAACAGAGACAACCCGGGAUCGCUCUAACUCUCCUCCCCCGCUUCCUGAAAGAACCCCAGAAUCAUUUAUUCUUGCUGAUGCUGCAUGUCUGCAGCCUGCUGCGAGAAACUCUAUGACGGGUCCUCCGAGCUUGGAGAAAAGCGGUUCGGAAAAUUUGUCCAGAGAGCCUAUGAAACGCUUCAGGAGAAGCAAGAGCUUGAAAAUAUUGAAAAAUGUGAAAAAGAGCAUCUGUAGUCCAUCUGCACCAACGCACCCACCAGAAUCUGCCCCUCCAAACCACUCGAGGUCCUUCCUUAGCUUUGGCUUUGCAAAUCGAUUUUCAAAACCUAAAGGACCAAGAAAUCCACCACCAGCCUGGAAUAUAUAGAUGUUUUACAGAUUUGGCGUUACAGAUUUGUGAAGUCCUUCUGAUACGCCUUGAGCGCUCAUCCCAGUAAGGUUUCCAUCAAAAUAAACACAUCAGAAGCUAUUGCACAGUAUUUGCAGCUCAGGCACUACUUACACAUCCUUCAUCAACCAAAGUUUUAAAGAAGAAUAUAGAAGUACCAGCAGCUAAGCACUUUCAGUUCAUUCACAACAUGAUGGAAACUAAAAACGGGAAUAGGUAUUUUAUCCUAAGGAGAGAGACAUUUCAGUUGUGCUUUGGAACGUAUUCACUUCAAAAGGAUGGAUGUGAGCGUUCUGAACCAGGCGUGUGAACUGGCACCGACCCAGCCGGGACUGACUGACCUGGAGAGCAGCGCAG